AUGAUAACUCAGGCAUUGCUUUUUAUAGGCGACAUUGCUCCAGACAUUAUUACAAGCUACCCAGAGGACAAUUUGAUAUAUGACGAUCCUAUGGAAUAUCAACGAGCAAAACGUUCUGAUGUACAGGACGAUGACGAUAAAGCGAGUGACGAUGAUGACGAACUUGCAGAUGAGGGAUUCGACGAUGAAGAUGAGGACGAUGAAGAAAACGAUGAGAACUCGAGGACCAGUGUCGGAAGCUCUUACUCUUCGGGUCUUCGUAAGAAAGAUGAGAUUGAUCAGAAGAAUGCGAUGUCAGAAGAGCAACGGCAACAGCAGCAGCACGAGAGCAUUGAUGAUGACGAUGAUGACGAAAGCGGUUUGGAUGAAGCAGGUUGGUCUUCAGGUUCUGAAGACAGUGAACGCAGUGCUGGCGAAAGUGGAAGUGCUGAGGGCAGAAAUCAAAGUUUUUAUGCAAGGUGAAGCUUAAUUCAGUUGAUUGAUGUUUGUUACGUAAUAGCCUGAGUAGCCAGCCAGCCAGCCAGUCAGUCAGUCCGUAUUUCAGUUGGUCCGUCAGCCAUUAACUAGUUCAGAAAAAGUUUUUUUUCGUCUUUUUACGGGUGUUAGCACAAAGAGUCUCCAUGUGGAACCGAACCUCAGACCUAGCGCUCAGUUGGUCUUUCACUGAGCCACAGAGACUCUACGGCGAGUUUGGCCAUAACUGGGUCCAUAUGACACGCUUCCUGUAUACCGCUAGGAACAGCAAUUUCGAGAGCGCCAUGUGCGUGAACAGAGCAAGAAUUCCACUUGGUUGUCCAUCCGUCCGUUAGUCAGUCAGUCAGAGAGCCUGGUAAUCAGCCAGCUAAUCAUCAGCAGGUCUGUCUGUUAGUCAGACAGUCAGACAGUCAGAAAGAUAGCCAGUCAGUCUGUUGGUAUUCUUUAUUGGUGUCCUUACACAGAAAGUGUAAUUUGUUUUCCAGAAUAUCACCAAGCGAUAGCUCGAACGAACAAAUUUGCUUAACAGUGGUUUGGUUAAAUUAUGCUUGACACUAAAUCGUAUGAAAAAUUAUUUAGCAGAGAACCCGUUUCUGGAGGAGGUGGUGAUGACGACGCUUCAGCAAACAGGGAUGAAAUCGAAGGAAGCAGUGACAUGAACCGAGGACAGACUAAACUCAUCGAAUCAGAAGAGAAAAAACCUGCUGUGAGUGUGCACCGAUCUAAGCCAAGAAACUUGAUCAAAAUGGUGCUAGAAGAAUCCAGACACGCGGAACAACUUGAAAAACUGGAAACAGGGAAUCACGAAGAAACUUCAGCCCAAGACUCGGGCUCAUCGGCUGCCUUAGUUCAGCAAAGUGAUGACCAAAAGGUUUACCAUAAAGAGAGUACAGUGAAAGGAAACCAAACAGAACUGCCACAGAAUGGAAUGAGUUUACAUCAAAAUAUUCCUAGAAAUUCUUCGAAUGAAACUUCAGUUACGGUAGAAGACAAAGCUAAAAACAUGGUAAAUGAAAGUGCUUCGAAACUUCUAAGGAAUACAACGUUUCCUAAUGAGAAAGCAAAAGAUGAAGGAAGGUCAAAACCUCAAGCUAAACAAGUAGACCUUGUUCGUAAACAAGAGGGAGUGCGGAAAAAGAGCGUGAAGAAAGCAUCCGUUGGAGUUUCUCAUGUGAAACACUUGGCAAGGAAGAGAGUGCACGGCAAUCAUAUGACAUCCCAUGUCGUGCAUCCACAGGUGGCUAAAAAACUUUCAAAAGUUGUGCACAAAAAGACUGUCAAUAAAGGUACAAUAUAAAAUUCAACUUAACGAGAAGAUAGUUCGAGAGGAUCAGUGAAGGCGUCUCAAAAUAGUUUCGUUAUGUUAUUCGUUUACACCUGAACAUCAAUAUGCUUAUUCUCCAUACGUUUUCCAAGAUGUUGACAGGGAGAAUAUGUUUCACAAUCAAGAGCUUCUUUAGUUGGUUGUUAUUUCUUCUAGUCUCGAAACCCUAAAGUUUGACUCGGUGAUACUGUAAGGGUAAAAUUAGACGCUAAUCACUCUAAGGGGUCAAGCUGUUAAAACAGCAAUUCUUGUAAGAAUCGAUUCCACUACACUUCUUCGCAUGUUGCCUUCAAAGUGGUAACUCAAAGCUCCUGUUCAAAAUAAUUUCAUUUUCCCAGCCUCGAUUACCCUAAGACCCCGAUACACUUCGCAAUUAUUCGUAGAAAAAAUAACAAGUGAGUAAAACGAGUAAAACCAGUUUUGAAUGCUCAGGAAUUGUUAUCGUAUCCCUGUACUUAUAAAUUUCCAUUUUAUUGUUCAGGUUCAUCACAGAUGUGUCAUACGGACAAGAUUUUUUCUGGCCAUUCCUUAAAAGGCAGCACAAGAGCUGGACAUUUUGAUACUCUGGGUGAGACCCCGAGCAUGCACGCUUGCCUUCAGCGGUGUUGCAGUAAGCACACGUGUGACGUUGCGCUUUUGAUUGAUGGGCAUUGUUUUGGUGUGGCCUGUUACAGCAAGGAGCUCUGCGAACCUGUACCAAUCCCUCAUCCACAUUUCGUAUUCUCUGAACUUGGGCUUGUCAGUAAGGGGCAAAAGAGAGGAGAAAUCGAGAAGAACCGAGGUAGAUAUCCCUUAUUUAGAUUUUUUAGAAACAACUACGCAGAAACUGGGCCCUGAAGCAUAUUUCCUUCAGGCCCCGGUUGUUUGAAACAUGGAUAACGCUAACCACUGAAUAAAUCUCUAUCCGGUGGAUAGCACAGUACGUUUACUUAACACUUAACCGCCAGAUAGCGUUUUAUCCGUUGGAUAGUGUUAUCUGGCCUUUAUACAACCGGACCCAGGUGUUUUAAAUCAAAUCGUAAACUUUGGGAAUCACAAUGGAUAAAGUUAGUUAGGAAAAUAUCAUUAGGAGGCAAUGAGAACUCAAAAUAACACAUAACAUCGGCACGGGAAGCGAGAGUGGCGUUUAGUCUCUAUUUUCGCACAGUGCUGGUUGAGAGGGUCACGUGUUUCUUCAAAACCAAUCACAGAGCAAAAUGGAUUUGAGUAAUUUUAGAUUGAGUUUUGAAAGUAAUCAGGAGUUACUUUAGUUUUGGUUUACUUCGCUUUGUGAUUGGCCCAGAAAAUUUGCGCCACUCUCUCAACCAAUCAGAUGCAAAACUGACACCAAUCACGACUUGGUCGCCCGCGUUUUCCCGCGCUUAAGGUUGUUUGACUAGUUUUAUUUUAAGUUCAUAUUUGCUCUUAGAGGUGUUUUACUUUCUUUUGACUGUUUUGUACACUUAAGUUUUGGUUUCACGACACUCGGUCGAAUAGCGCUCUAAAAUAUUCGUCAUUCCGGAUGAGUUCUCAUUGAGAUGUUUCCCGUUGUUCCAGUGUGCUCUAGUUAGAUUAACUCAUGAACAUAGUGGAUAUUCCCACACAUGGAGGAAUCACAUAGUUAUUUAUCUCUAUUUUUCAGUGUUCCAUUGUGAAUACGGGAAUCUUACGCUGAAAAACAAUGAACAGUGGAGUGGUGAGCUUUGUGGAGGAGUUGUCACGUGCAAAGAUGGCAUAGCUACUGUGAAAAAAUGUCCGGGAAUUCCACCUAAACCAAAUGAUUGCACCAAGCCUCGACUGGUGGUAAGACACAGAAAAGGAGAAUGCUGUACAAUGAAAUGGAAUUGCAAAGGUGAUAGACUUGUUUUAUAUAAAUGAUGUAAAAGAAAUGACAUUAUUAUUUCUGUAGAAGUUAACCCUUUAAACCCUAAGAGUGACCAGCAUCUAGUUUCUCCUGACAGUAACACUGCUGAAUCAUUCAUUUAAGAUCAUGAGAAUAAAGGAAAUGAUCACCAGCUAAAGAAGCUCUUGAUUGUUAAACAAAUUCUCCUUGUCAGCACCUUCGGAAAUGUAUAGAUGACAGUAUGGAGGUUGUGCAUACUGAUGUUAGGGUGUAAAGGGUUAAACUAUCCCGACUGAACCUUGUUUCUACUGUGCUUUUAACCUUUUAAAAAACCUUCACCGGGCUUUCAUCAUUGUGUCUUUCUCAUCCUCUACUGUUUACAAGGAAAAGAAAAAAAAACCAAUGUUUCCAAUAGUUCAGCAUGGAUUGUAUAAUUAAGGAGAAGAACAAACAAUUAAUCAAACUUUUACACAUGACAAACCAUAACCAAAUAUAAUGAAAAUUAGAAAAAUCUAAGGAUAGACGAGGAGAAUAUAAGUAUUUUUUUCCGCUCUAUUUUCAUGAAAAUGUCACACAAGCAAUAUAAAUUUCAAGGGCGGCUAUGUGGCAUCUCCACACUACCCACACAAGUUUCAAAGAAUUCUGGAAGCAGGUGUAAUCAGCUACCCUGGAAUUUGAGGAAAUCAAGCCCAAAAGCUGAGAACAUUGAAAUUUUUCGUGUAAUUUUCUUUUACUUGACCUUGUUUGUGAAUGAAACUACCACGCCGGCAAAACGAAAUUUUUACUGGGAGCGGCUAUGUUGUUACGUCGCACUCGCCGUUCUAAGUUUCACUCAUUUCAGAAAGUGAAGGUGCUCGAAUGUAAUUCCCGCUAUUCUUCUGCAAACCUACUUUUAUAUUCAUUCGUUAGCUCAAAGAGCGAAUAGUUAAGUGUAUGGUUACUUACUGUUUGGUUUUUAUCUCUUUGAAUACAGCAAGACACUGUACUUUCAAUAAUCGUGUUAUCAAGCACGGUUACAAGUUGAGUGAUCCAUUAUGUACGGGAGUUUUGAGCUGUUAUAAUGGUCAGUUACACAUGGAAUACUGCCCAAAAAUACCACAAAAACCCAAGGACUGUGCGCGACCCAAAUUGAAGACCAUUAGUGUGCCUGGAAAAUGUUGCAAGAAACUUUGGGUCUGUUCAGGUAGUUGGAAAUUAAGUCGGUACCUUACUGAUAUUACUAAUAUUCACCUUUAGCCCAUUUACAAAAGUCUUGGGACGCCAAUUUUUUUUACCUGGUAGUUACCGUGGUGCUUGUCUCUCCCUCCAUUCAAAGGACUUAGGAAACGUUAUUUUACUUAACAUCCCAAUUUCUUUUUGUCGCUGAUCGUUGCAUCAGGAUAAUUUUCUUUCACUUUGGUAGGUAUAGUGAUUACUCACUUAAAGGAUGCCAGGCACAAAUAAGCGUAAAAUUAAGGGGAAAAUAAAUCGAUAUACUCCAGAGCGAUGCAAAAUAUGGAGUGUUUUAGACGGUCAUUCGAGAGGGAAGAACCAUCUAUGUUGUUACCGGAAAAUGAUCUUAGCGGAAAUUGUUUCAACAAAUGUGUCUUUGAGGGAAAAUUUAAAACAGUGCGAAGUUAACUAAAGCUGAAAUUUUUGAAUAUCGUAAAGAUCCAACUCAUUUUAUUACAACUGCAAACGAAAAUAUUACAAGGGACCUUUGAGAUCUUUAAGAAGCACGUCAUGUUAAUCGAAUCUAGCACAGGGAGACACGAGUAUUCAGCUAGUGACUGCGUUCAGCUCUGGGUGCAUUGCAUCUAUGUUGGUCGAGGAGUUAGCUUAAGCUUUUAAAAUACAUAAAAUUAGGAAAAAAGCCAAAAUAAAUGUGUUAUAAUAGAGUUAGUAAAACAUCUAUGAUAGCUACGAGAAAAGAAUUUGUCCCUUAACUUUACGCUUAUAUGUGCUUGGUAUUCUUUACGUAAGUAAUCACUUUACUCGCCGAAGAGGAAGAAAAUUAUACUAAUGCUACAAUAAGCGGUCGAAAAAUAUGUACGGGUGAAGGUGAAGUAAUUUGAAUGGUCAAAAACCAGCCCUUGUCGUUGACUAUACGCCUCACCUAAUUUAUACGAAGUAUUGUUACAAUCAAAUUUUACCUUCCACAGAUAAAAGUUGUAAAUAUGAUGGCCUAAAAUUAUCGCACGGAGAGAAACUCACUGAUGCGUCAUGUGCAGUGGUCAUGGAAUGUAGAAAUGGCUUCCUUCACGAUAAACAGUGCCCAGGCCCUCCUCCGGUGCCGCGUGGGUGCAUCAAUCCCUCACUGAAGGUUAAGCGUAUUCCAGGUGAAUGCUGUGAGAUGAACUGGACAUGUGAUAUUAGAUAAAGCGACCAUCGAUUUCGCGGCUCAAAAAGGUGUGAAAUAGAACUUAAGUUUCGUGUAAGUGGGAUAUUUACCUUGGGCAUAGCCAUGGAAAAACCGUAGUGAAAUACUCUGCUGUGAAAAAUUGCACAAAAAUCAAAUGCUGUAAACUGGGUCAUUUAAUUUCUAUUAAAACCAAAAUUUCUACCAAAAGAAAGAAAACUUUCCAGGGCCAAUAUAGCUAUGUUGAAGAAGUAUAAUGGCUCUAUGAAAUUAACAUUGAAAACAAAUGAGUCAUUAAAGAUAUAACUGGUACUCUCUCCUUUAAUGUUAAAUUUCUUGAUGUUGAAGCUAAAGUAGGAUUUAAAAUAAACUAUUUUUU